AUGGACGUUCCUGAGUUUUUUAAAAGUGGUCUGGAAUUUCAUAAGUACGCUUUAUCAAAAGACUUUAAACAAAAAACGUUAAAAGACAGAUUGGACAAUUUUAAGAAUAACAGAAAACAAACAAGAAAUAAUACGAUUUGCAACAACAGAAAAAUAGACAAGAAUAUGACGCCGUACAAGACACCAGAACCGAAAAUGGGGAAAGUUAAUCAAAAGAAUAGUUCAAAUAAGGUUAAUACUUCUUUAUUUCAAAAUAGUCAUCCCAAAGGUAGCCGGUUUGAAAUGCUACAAAAGUGGAAACUUGAAAAGGAAAAACGAAUUGUACAGGAACGAUCUAAAAUGAAGCCUAUAUUCAAAGUUUGCCAUGUGCAAGAUAAGAUAGGUUUGCCCGAUUUGGAUAAAGUAAAUAACGAAAUUAAAGGAAAACCAAUUAAAAAAAACCCUACACCACUAAAAUCACGAUUUGCGCCGGCAAAUCACGAAUUUCGACCCCCUACAAAUAUUAAACCGAUUUACAUAGACAAAAACAGACCGCCUUCUACAAGAUUAACACGGCAAACUGUAAUCAAAAAAGAGGAAGCCACUAAAAGAAAGCUAGACUUUAAUAAAGAUUUUGUUACAAAUGCUUUGCCUGUAAAACAUAACACUAGAAAUAAAGUUGCUAGUAUGGUGAAUUUAAGGAAAUCUGUUUCGGAAAACAAUCUAGCUAAGACAAAAGUUACCCCAAAAAAGGGGAAAGGUGUACAACAUACGAAAAAAGCUGAAAUGCCGAAAAGCAAUACUAAAGUAACAACACCUCCCAAAAAAGCCAGAGGUAGGCCGAAGAAAAACCCUGUUGAAAUAAAAGUAGAAAAAGCACCUGAAAUUAAAACUACAAACACAAUAAAAACACCAAAAAGUGCCAUAAAAACCCAACAAAAAUUACCCAAAAUUGAAACAACAAGAACGCCAAAAAGUGCCAUAAAAACUCAACAAAAGAUAGAAAAAACACCUAAAACUGAAACUGCAAACACAAUAAAAACACCCAAAAGUGGCUCAAAAACAACAAAAAAUUUCGAAAAAACUCCCAAAAACAGUACUAGAACACAGAAAAAUAUUAAAAAGGCUCCCUGUGGUAAUAAUUGGGAUGUAGAAUACAAUGGGGAAAGUUCAGAGGAAAAAUCUUCAAUCCCAUCAACAUCAACCAUUGAUAGUAAUAAUCUUGAAAAGUUUACCACACCAGAGAAACAAGAAAAUGAUGCAUUCCCUGUUUACGUGAGCCCGUUUGUGACCGUGUCGAGAGGCAAAAACAGCGCCAGAAAAGAAUAUCAAAUACGAAAUUCGAUGAGUAAAAGCCUUAGCGAGUCGCCAACAUUCGAAAAUAAAGACGUCUCGAAACACACAAGUCCUAAGGCCGGGGCCGAAUAUUUCUCCAGAAAGUUGGAAAGAGAAAUCAAUCGCAUUGAACGUGUAUGCAACGAAUGGGAAUCGUACAAAGAAGAAUCUGAUAUUCCCAGCGAAGCCCUGGAUAUGAUAGACGUCGCGAUAGGCCAGUCGCGGUUGCUUAUAGCGAAGAAAUUUCAGCAGUUUCGCGGUUUGGUGGAGCAGUGUCGUACUUGUGAAUACGCGGAAAAACCGAUCACCUGUAAAGAUUUGCACGGGUUCUGGGAUAUGAUUUACAUGCAGGUGGAAGAUCUGGACAAAAGAUUCAGCAACUUGCGGAUGUUAAGGGGCAACAAUUGGGAGGAGUUGAUGCCGGAGAUUAAGGCGGCCGUGAUACCCGUUGCCAAGAGAGGCAGACCUGCCAGCAAGAAGACUAAAGCGUCUUCGGGUUUGAGGGAGUUGAUUAAGGCUCAGAGGAGCAAGAAGAGGGAUGUGGAAAGUGGUGGUUCAGACGAAGGCAAAACUUUCGACGGCGGGUAUUUCUGCGUGAAGUCGCCGGUGAGGGGUUGCCCCGGCUCUGCGAAGCGCAUGAGUUUGCGGAUGUCGGUGCUGGCUUCGGAGGCCAAGAAGCGCGGGAGUUCCCCGGGUUUGGCGAUGAUGAGGCUGUCGCAGGCCAUCAAGUGCGGGGACGGGCUGACGCCGGGCAAGAGCAUACUCAAGCCGGAAGGGGCCAAGUCGGCCAAAAAGUCCGUUCUCUUCAAGGAGGAUCUGCCGAGGAUCAGCGUUUCCAAGGCCGUUCUCUUUCGAGACGAUUCCAGCGAUGAUUCCAACGACGAAAACGAUGCGAAUCGGAGCAAUUUGAGUGGGCCGAGUGCAACGCGGAAAUCCUCCAGACUGAAUAAAGUUUAG